AUGGGAAGGAAAAAGGCAUGGAUCCAUGCUACCACAUGGGUAAACACGGACAUUGACGCUUUUCUCAUGAUCCGGUGCCACAAGACCACCAUCUUCACGGACGCCAAGGAGUCGAGUACCGUGGUCAAGCCGAAGCGCAUCGUUGAGGGCAUCCUCAAGCGGCCGCCGGAUGAGCAGCGGCUGUACAGGGAUGACCAGCUCCUUGAGGAAGGAACAACUCUGGGCGAGUGUGGCUUCACUAGCCAGACAGCAGGGCCACAGGCCCCCACAGUGGGCCUGGCCUUUCGAGAGGAUGCUGCCUUUGAAGCACUGCGCAUCGAGCCGUUCUCCAGCUCUCCAGGGCGUCCAGAUGUGAUGAAGCCACAGGACUCUGGAGACAGUGCCAAUGAACAAGCUGUGCAGCGAGGGCCCUAG